CUCUCCCAUUCCAUCUUGCUCUCCUGCCUCCAUCCUCCCCUUCCUGUUCUCUCCGACCACUCGUCCUCGUCCCAGCCCCGGGCUUCCAGUGGUUCCCAAGCAAGGGUCCCAAGCAGUGGCAGCAGGCACCCAGGGCCUCAGCCUGUCCUGUUCUGCCCUGGAGGUUGCAGAAUCAGGGGAAGAAGGAGGGACACCUUGUCAGCCUCCCAGGCAUGCCCACCAUGUGGCCCCUGUGGCUCGUCGCCUCCCUGCUGGCCCUGAGCCAGGCCCUACCCUUUGAGCAGAAGGGCUUCUGGGACUUCACCCUGGACGACGGGCUGCCCAUGCUGAACGACGAGGAGGCUUCAGGCGCUGAGACAACUUCAGGCGUCCCGGACCUGGACGCCCUCACGCCCACUUACAGCGCCAUGUGUCCUUUUGGCUGCCACUGCCACCUGCGGGUUGUUCAGUGCUCCGACCUGGGUCUGAAGGCCGUGCCCAAGGAGAUCUCACCCGACACCAUGCUGCUGGACCUGCAGAACAACGACAUCUCGGAGCUCCGCGCCGAUGACUUCAAGGGCCUCCACCACCUCUACGCUCUCGUCCUGGUGAACAACAAGAUCUCCAAGAUCCACGAGAAGGCCUUCAGCCCCCUGCGGAAGCUGCAGAAGCUCUACAUCUCCAAGAACCACCUGGUGGAGAUCCCUCCCAACCUGCCCAGCUCCCUGGUGGAGCUCCGCAUCCAUGACAACCGCAUCCGCAAGGUGCCAAAGGGCGUGUUCAGCGGGCUGCGAAACAUGAACUGCAUCGAGAUGGGCGGGAACCCCCUGGAAAACAGUGGCUUUGAGCCGGGAGCCUUCGAUGGCCUGAAGCUCAACUACCUGCGCAUCUCUGAGGCCAAGCUCACCGGCGUCCCCAAAGACCUCCCCGAGACCCUGAAUGAACUCCACCUGGACCACAACAAAAUCCAGGCCAUCGAGCUGGAGGACCUGCUCCGUUACUCCAAGCUGUACAGGUUGGGCCUGGGCCACAACCAGAUCCGCAUGAUCGAGAACGGGAGCCUAAGCUUCCUGCCCACCCUGCGGGAGCUGCACUUGGAUAAUAACAAGCUGUCCAGGGUGCCUUCCGGCCUUCCGGACCUCAAGCUCCUCCAGGUGGUGUACCUGCACACCAACAACAUCACCAAGGUGGGCGUCAACGACUUCUGCCCCGUGGGCUUCGGGGUCAAGCGGGCCUACUACAACGGCAUCAGCCUCUUCAAUAACCCCGUGCCCUACUGGGAGGUGCAGCCGGCCACUUUCCGCUGCGUCACUGACCGCCUGGCCAUCCAGUUUGGCAACUACAAAAAGUAGAGGCAGCGGCAGCCGCCGUGGUGGCCUGGGCCGGGUCUCUGGGGAGCACAGCAGACAUCCCGAAGGGGAGGGCAGAGCCAAGGAGCCGAGCCAGCGCCCAGCUGCGCCCAACCCAGCCCCGCCCUGAUCCCGGACCCCGACUCGCUGCCUCCUGACGCCCUCAUCCUGGCUCCCAAGCACGCAGAUGGGGCACAAGACCCAGCCGCCCAUCACAUGCCUGUUGGCCUCAGAGCUGCCCCUGCCCGCCCCCCACCGUCCUAGCCACUCAGAGGCCCCCUCAUAAAGCUCUCUUCCCAUUCACCCUCAAAUCAAAUGACCCGAGGCUCCAGUCCAAGAAAGACGGGCCCUGGGUCUAGGGAUGGGAAGGGGCUAACAAGGAUGGAGACAGCCCCCCGCACCUGCCGGGCGCACGUUCCUCCUUCUCGUGUGCUUCCGGCUCCCAACCGUCCUUGGCCGGGCCUGCUGCUCCUGACCUCCAACGCUCCCCCCCUUCUGCAAGUUCAUGGCCUGGCCCGUCCAUCCAAGCCUCUUUCCUCUACUGGCCUCUAGACCAGGAUCUUCCUCCCUGGCUCUCUCUCUCUCUCCCUGUCCCUCUCCAUGUGUCCGUCUCAUCCCCCCUCUCCUCUCUCACAUCUCCCAGCUGGGUCCGCUGUCUGUGGCGCGGGGCUUCUGCUCAGCCCCUACCCAGGCAAGCCCCGGGGCAGAGGGCAGCUGCCCCCAAGCCUGGACAGUCCUGGAGGAGGUCAGCAGGUGGAGACGAUGCACCCUGCAGGCACCCCGCAGUCCACAGGGGAGCAUUGGCCCCGAAAGGGCCCAGCCUCCCACUGGAGCCCCAGCCAGCUUUCAUCGCCCCCUCUCCCCACGAGAUGGCUAGCUCUCCCUUCCCCUCGCCUUCUGGCCCCUGGUAUGGUGGGGGUUUCAGACGAUCACACCCAGCUUGAGGAGGGGCUGCUUCUGAGGUCGGUUGUUGUCUUUCAAUUAAAGAAACACUGUGCAAUA